AUGCACACAGCUGUUUCUGACAUGCAAAGGCGCUUUUUGGGGCUCUUUGCAAAACUAAGAAAGUCGGAAAGGCUCUUCCAAAAGUUUCUUUCCAAAAUGAAGGUUGCUUUCAGCAUACAACACUGCACGUGCCCUGCAUGCUUUUACCCGCAGAAAAGGGAAAUAAACCGGCAGACACAGGCAAUUAUGCGCAGCUGCAGGCCAGAAGAGCCCAUCCUCUGCGCAGUGCCUUUGGGCUGGCCUGGCGCGCCUCUCCGAAUAACCCGAAUUUCUCCGAGUUUUCUCAAGCCUCGAGCCGGCUUCUGCGCUGGAGCUGCUCUUUAA